GCUGGGACACAGAGCAGGCAAGACCCUGCUGGGCACUCGGGGCAGGGGCAGGAGGUGUGGGGGGUGGGCAGCCCCAUGACUUCCCUGGGCUCCCAGCCCCACAGGGCAGCAUUCCUGGCUACCAUCCUGCUGCUGCUGCUGCUGCUGCUGCUGCUGAAGGUGGAGGUGGUAAACACUGAGCAGGGAAGCCCAGGCCCAGGGGAGAAGAGCCUAGAAGGGAAGAUGCCUCCUGCAGAGCAGGGCCAAGAGCUGUAUGAAGAGCACUUCAUGGCCUCCUCCGUGGGUGAGCAGUGGCAGGAGGUGGACAUGGCCCAGCAAGAGGAUGACAUCACCUCGGAAACAGCAGGUAUCCAAGACUACCUUUUUGAUCUCGCUUUCUGCUUUAACCUGGCCAGCAUCAUGCUUUUUUUAUGAGAGACAUUGAGGCUGAGGCCUUGGCCUGGCUCCUGGAAGAGGAAGACCUGGAUAUUUACCUUUGCUUCUUGAUCACCUGCUGACCUCCUGUCUGCCCUGAGCUCCAGGUCACGGUCCCCCUAAAGGAUGCCCAUGCAGCCCCUGCACAUCCUGCUCCUGCCCUUGUUAGCAGCACCUGUCCUUAGGGUGCAGCCUCAGUGUGCCCUUCUGCCUGAUGCCACCACAGGCCACAGCUUUGUGUUCCAGGGCCAGAGACUUCAAACCCACGCCCUUAUGCCUCUCUACCUCCUCUGCUUUUGUUCAUUAUAGCAGAUUGGAGGGAGGAGCACCAACAAUAAAACAAUUGGGAGCACCUUUCUGGGACUUAA